AUUUGAUUGCACGUGUUGCAAUGUUUGGUUUUGUUUGAUAGUUUGAUUUUUAUAUAUUUCUAUUACGCUCAGAUAAAUUAGAAAAAAAAAAACAAUGGCACGCAGACCAGAGCACUCGGCACCGCCAGAGAUCUUCUACAAUGACGAUGAAGCCAAGAAGUAUUCUACAAACACACGCAUUAUUGAAAUCCAGGUGGAAAUGGCAGAACGUGCACUGGAGCUGCUGGCGCUGCCGGAUGAUGAUGAACCCCGUCUUAUUUUAGACAUUGGCUGUGGCUCUGGACUCUCGGGCAGCGUGCUCGAGGACAGCGAACACAUCUGGAUUGGCAUUGAUAUAUCCAAAUCUAUGCUGGAUAUUGCCGUCGAGCGCGAGGUAGCCGGCGAUGUUAUAUUGGGUGAUAUGGGCGAGGGCAUGCCCUUUAGGCCAGGCACCUUCGAUGGCGCCAUAUCCAUAUCGGCUCUGCAGUGGCUCUGCAAUGCCGACAAAUCCUAUCACAAUCCACACAAGCGCCUAUUGAAAUUCUUUAGCACAUUAUUCUCCUGCCUGACGCGCACGGCACGCGCUGUCUUUCAGUUUUAUCCCGAGAAUUCGGAUCAAAUUGAAAUGGUGACAGCGCAGGCCAUGAAGGCGGGCUUCUAUGGCGGCCUAGUGGUUGACUAUCCUAAUUCGGCUAAGGCCAAGAAAUACUAUUUGGUGCUGAUGACGGGCGGCUCAGCGGAACUGCCGAAGGCUUUAGGCUCGGCGGAGGAGGAGCGCCGCAUUAACUACAUAAAGAAGCGUGAUGCUUGCCGCGAUGCACGCGGCAAGGCGCCCAAGAAAUCACGCGAUUGGAUACUGGCUAAAAAGGAGCGUCGCCGUCGACAGGGCCUGGAGACGCGUCCAGAUACCAAGUACACGGCGCGUAAGCGCAGCGGGCGAUUCUGAGGAUUGUUAAAUAUACAGCUUAAUGUACAA